UUGGUUAAACGGUGUAAAAACGAGGAUCCCUUGCCCCUACUGCUGCUACCGCUUGCCAGGCCCCCGCCGGACAACGCCGCCGUCUUUGCUCGGUGGCUGGUUUCUCAGAGUUCAUGGGGUGUCCUCAACACGAUAUCCAGCGAUUGGGGAGGUUCGCCUUUCGGGAAUGUGAUCUCAUUCAGUGAUGGCUUGCCUGGUAAAGGGAAAGGCAUUCCUUACUUCUACAUGACAACCUUCGAUCCGACAGCAAGAAAUGCUUUGAAAGAUCGAAGGUCUUCCUUCACAGUAAGUGAAUACAGCCUGGGAACCUGCGGCAAGAAAGAUCCUGAGAAUCCCACCUGUGCAAAAAUUACUCUCAUCGGAAAGCUGGAGUUAUUAGAGGGUAAUUCGGAGGAAACUGAAUUCGCUCGAACGGCUUUGUUCAUAAAGCACCCUGAGAUGAGAAGCUGGCCUAAAAGCCACAAAUUCCAGGUCUUCAAAUUAGAGAUCAAGAGCAUAUUCAUGAUCAAUUGGUUUGGCGGGGCAAAGCUUUUUACAGUGGAGCAAUAUCUUCAAGCUCAAAUGGAGGCUCAAGGAAUCACAGGAACAGAACAACAAUCUCUGAACUGUUGUAUGCCCAUAUUACAUGUGCACUCUUCCCUUUGGUGUUGAUUCAUUUAGUCAGGCAAUGUGCAUGUAAUAAUGACCUCAACAAACAUCUGCUUGAUUAAUUAAUGAUACUUUGGCCUCUGUCCCAGCUUGUUAGCUGCUGCUGCUGCUUCUUAAUAUAUAAAGUAAAGCUAGCACUCAUCACUAUAAAUUCUUCAUUACAGAAGUCCUAGUUCAAGAAAUCAAGAUUCUUCUGCUACCUAACCUAGCUAAAACAAAUGGGAAUACCACUUCAAGAAACAAGUGCUCCGGCCAAGUGAUGGAGGCUGAUAGAUAAUUCCCCUAUUUUUGAAGGAAUCCCAGAAACAAUUUGAGGUGAGUAAUCCUUUGAGAAGUGAUCUGCUGCAGGAAAAAGCAGCAGAAUUUGCUUAUAUAUAUAUAUAUAUAUAUAUUCAUAUGAAAACUGCAGUGAAUUCACCUUGUGGGAAACCCCUCGCGGCAUAGCUUUUUGUCAUUUCCAGCUAUAUAAAUUCUUCUUUUUGCACAUAUACAUAUUCUCUAUCUGAUAAUUGAUCAGGUCAGGAAUCUCUCUCUGUACUGACUACCUUACACUCCCACCCACCCCCUCUUUCAUCAAUGUAAGGAAUUAAUUCUUUUCCAAUCGACCCUUCAUGUCAAGAGAGCUGGUAAUUUCACACAUUUGGCUUUGAAAA